CACAGGUCAUGCAAGUAGAAAAGAAAAUGCUUUUGUAAACUGGAGACUCAGCUCUGAUAAAAUAAAUGGAAUAACUUGUGCUGUCUGUUAUAAUACACAGAGGAAUAAAACACCGUCACAGUAAAAGGAGAAAGCUAUAUAUUUGCACAUACUAAUGCCUACAGGAGUAUGCUUCGUGUAUAUUAUUCAAGUUUGGAAUACUGUUUGCGUGAGUGCUACCUUUCGUUCCUGGUCCUUUUGUUCCAUCUUUUCUGGGUGGAUGUACUUUUCCUGAAAAACUGGGUGGUGGUGGAUCACAGUGAUGUUGCAAUGAUUAGGCGCGUAUCUGCUGUCGUGCAGUCUACUCUACCCCUCCCCUGAAGACGUAAAUGGGUCUUGUUUUUCAAAUUUGUUUCUCCAUAUGUUUUCCAAGAGUGCUGUGGACUUCACCUGCACCGUCCAGAUAAGCGGCCCACUUUCCCUCCCUUAUCCUAUCCCUCCUCCUUUGCUAGUCUCAACUUCUAGGAAGGGGAGGGCACCAGAAUUUCUAUCAGGGUGGCCCUGGACCUUGCUUAAGGCCCCAUUUGUCCUAUAAAACUCUGCUUACUGGCUGGGCCCGCCCACUGGAAGGAGGUUUUUCCUGUCGCUAAUGGAGACCGUCAGUCACCCAUCGACAUCAAAACUGAGGAAACCAAGUAUGAUCCCUCUCUCCGUCCUCUAAAUCCCAAUUACGAUCCGGCUUCUGCUAAAAUCAUCCUUAACAAUGGGCACUCCACCAGUGUUGAGUUUGAUGACACCGUCAACAAAUCAGUGCUGACCGGGGGGCCGCUCAGCGGGACCUACAGGCUGCGCCAGAUUCACUUCCAUUGGGGGUCCAAUGACGAAGCCGGCUCCGAGCACGCGGUGGAUGGGAUGAAGUACGCGGCAGAGGAACCAGGUGAGAUGGAAUAUAAAGAAUUAAUAGAGGUGCUUUAAAACCAUUAAGUACCAAAACCAAAUUUCUAGCUGAGAAAAUAUAUAUAUGUUUCCCAUCUAAGAAACCAAAUGGAAGGAGAAAAUAUCUCUGAAUUGCUAGCCAGUCUAAAAACCUUUCCGUCACCUGUUCGUUGGGUAGCCCUCCACAAGAAGCUCUCUAGAUGUCACUUUGGCUUUGGGAUAAGAAGCCCAGAAUUAAGAUCAAGGCUUCUGAGCACUGUUCACACAAAAGAAAAUACCUCAGAAGGAGACAUGAGGAUGGUUUCAGUGCUCACCUUCAUAAGGAAGAUGUGUAAGAUUUCAAGAAAAAGCAUCGUCUGAGUCGAAGAAAGAAUUAGUAUACAGGUAAAGAAGACUGCAAGGUUCGGCCCCCUAAGCCCACCAGGAAGCAGAAGGGAUCCAUGGCUCCAUUCUUUGUGACAACGUAUGGUCUGAUCAAGGUCUCUUCACAAGCUGCAGUGACAGAGCGGUGGUAAGACGGCAUAUAUUCCUUAAAGAGAAGUCACAAGCCAUUGAGAAUGGGGCUGUACCCAAAAGUGUUUCACAGCUCUGUUUGUUUGGGGGUUUUGGUUUUUGGAGGGGUUGGUUUGGGGUGUUUUUGGCAAAGCUAUGAGGGAAUAGGAGUGGGCUUUAUUUAGUUGCAGGAAUUUUCCUUUUUGUUCUUUGUUGGUUUUUUGCUUUUUUUAAAAUCCACAAUAAAAGUCAAUUCUGACAGAGAGUAUCUGUUUCCUUUUUGUGUAUGUAAAAAUGUAAUUGUUUAAAAGUUGUUUAAUGUAGCUUCUGUGAACUUGUAAUAGUGAGUGGUGCAGGCACUAUGAGCUCCAGGAUAUUAAUGCACCUGAGAAUGGCUUAGUGGACUAUGUUCUCUUGCCGGUUUAAUUUAUAAUAUUCUUGACAACUUUCCUUCAAGGAUCUCUGCAGCUGUGAGCCAGCAUGUGUUUCAUCAUGAGCAUACAUGCCUUAUUAUUGAUUUCAGUGGGAUUCCUUACUUGCCGAAGUAAUGUUUCAGCACUUUAGAGCCCAAGUGCUUAAAAAACAUUAUUUAUACUCUGUAACACCAAGUAAGAGCUCCAUUUUACAGAUAUGGAAAAAUGAAAGUCAUAGAGGUUAGGCAAGGACUGAGAUUUAGAGUCAAAAUCUUCACACUUCUAGAUCCCUAUUUCAACCACGCAGCUAUGUUGCUUCCCAUAGAAAACCUUUAAAGCAAGUUCCAGCUUUCCUAAAUUGCUCUUACUUUAGAGGUCUUGAAGUGCUGUGUUCCAAAAGAAAGCCUUUUUUUUUCAGGGGUUCAUCCCAGUUUAAGUCAUUCAGUGGAGUUGCUUUUCAGCACUCCUAAAGUUCAAAGUCUGAAAAGAUGGGCACCGAUUUUAGAAAAGCUAGUCCCAUGCCCUGCUUCUGAGCCUCUCUUGCCAUAUCUAAAAACUAUGGGUAAUAAGAUUUACUAAUCCACUGAGGAUUUGCGAGAGUAAUUAAUAUUUGUGAAGUACUUAGUCUUAAGUGCUGUGUGAGUGUUUGUGCUCUCUCCGGUUUGGCAGUCGGACCAUUGCUCAAGGCUGGGACAUCCUGGCACUUCCCGGGAACCAGGAGCUCCUGCUGUGGAGCGUGGCCAGGAUUUAGGAAACCUGGCUUAGCAGGAAGGACUGAGGUGGUAUGGGGGUAGACGUCAUGGGCUUUUCCUUUCCCCACCUGCCUAGGUGGUGUCUUUAAGCUGCUUAAGCAACUACCACAGGAUGGUUCCAGAAUAAUGCAUGUUGGAAAUGCAAAUGCUCAAACCUGAGAUAAUCAAGCUGCUUGUAAGUGCCUAACUACAGGUAAUAAUAGAAAAUGACAAUUGGAAGGUAUCAAAAAUGAAAUUUUGAAGUUCAGCUUAAACUAAACAAGGGAAAAGGGGUCAGUGCAAGUUUAAUGUGUGUUUCUCUGCCUGUUUCUAGCUAUUUAUGUGGCUGAUUAAUGUUACUGAAAGCUUGAUUAAAGAAAAAGAGGAGCAAAAUACUAGUGACGUCCUCAUGAUUUUCAAUCACUUUUUAAAAUCAGCUGUACUAAAAAUGGAUUUAAAAGCUUUAGUUAUGUAACCAUGGGAUAUCUUGUCUUAGCUUCUCUGUUUGAAAUCUGGGGACCCAACAGCAGUUUGCCAGGCAUUGUCGUGUGCUGAUUGCGGCUAAAUUUUGAAUAAACCCAGCCACUGGAAAUGCUUUUGCCAUUUGUGUGAACUACCUAUUUACCAAUCUCAUGAAAUAUUUGCAUUUAGAAAACUGAAUGGCUCUGAAUACAAAAGAGCAAAGUAGAAUAUCAAAACCAGUAAAGUUGUAGUAUUAAUUUGUGACUAUUUGAGUUCAGCAGGAGUUGAUGCUGUCUGUGUCUCUUGCUUUUCAGCUUCAUGUGGUCCAUUGGAACUCAGAGAAGUAUUCCAGUUUUGUUGAGGCAGCUCGUCAGUCAGAUGGAUUAGCAGUCAUGGCUGUAUUUCUGAAGAUUGGUGAAUGCAACCCUCAGCUGAAGAAGAUUACUGACCGCUUGGACACCAUCAGAAUCAAGGGUAAAAGAGCACUAUUCACAAACUUUGAUCCUAGCUGUCUGCUUCCCAAGUCCCUGGACUACUGGACUUACUUUGGCUCUCUCACUGUUCCACCUCUUCUUGAGAGUGUCAUCUGGAUUGUUCUGAGAGAGCCCAUAAGUGUUUGUUCUGAACAGCUCGCCAAAUUCCGCAGCCUCUUGAGCACUGCUGAGGAUGAGGUCGCCUGCUGCUUGCUGAGAAACUACCGGCCUCCCCAGCCUUUAAAGGGACGAGAAGUCAGAAGGAAUUAAAGGAGUAAAGCCAGAGUAGUCUCCCUCUGAAACCAAAGGCUGAAUUCAUUUUAAUAGUUAAUAUACUUUGUGAUUUUUAAUUUUUUUUUGUGAGUUGUUUUAACAAGUAGGUGGUGUUUUAUUACUGGUUACCAUGCAGUCAUUUCUCACAGACAAGUAUGCCCUGAGCUGUUGCAGGUUCAUCAAUGUUAACAGGUCUGACUGUGUUUGAGUGCAUUGGUUUGGGAGCAUUGAGGCGUUAGUGUUGCAUGUACAGAGGGCAGUGCUAAUCAUAAGGGUCAGAUGUGGUGAAGGAGGUGUCCAGAAUUUGCUACCAAAUUACUGAACAGGAUCCCUGAUACUAAUGGCAGUAAAGGAUGUUCUGGGAUGGUUCUUCUGGUCUCUAACAUAACUUUUAGCUUCUAUAUAAGACUUCACACUGUAAGUCUCAAGAAAAAAAUAUUUUAAGGCUGAUAUGAUUUCAUUGCUAACUUCUGCUAUACCAUGCUUACCUUCCUACAAAAAGCAGUAAUGACUAAUAGCAUUUAAGGAAAACAGAUAUUUAUAUCAUCCUGUUAUUCUGACUGCUUCAUAGCAGUAAUUAUGUACUGAUUUUUAUUUUUUUU